AUGUACGCCGGUCGCACUGCUUCUAGGGCAGCGCCCGCAGUCUUCAGAGCGGGCAUUAGGACCACUACACGAGCUCAUCGCCCUAUGCUCAGGAACUCACCCGCAAUCCGCAUACUCAUCCCCCUCCGUGCCUUACAAACCGAGUCGACGUCAUCCAACAAUGCGCAAAACUAUCCACCUCCUGGUUUCGACCCCAAGCAGGCGAACCAGCAUUUGCUCAAGCAACAGGCCCAGCCACGGUCAAAACAAGGCGUCGAGAAAUCGGAUCCUCUUAUCCCCAAGUCCGGCGCAACCGCUAAUCCAAAAACACACGCACAAGAUGUACAGACAUUGAGCGAGCUAAAGAUGGAGAAGUCGGCUGCUGAGACCAAGGAGGAGAAGAAGGUUUUGGCAAAGAAAGAGCAAGACAAGAAGAAGUUGACCGUCUGGCAAAAGGUCAAGAAGGAGCUGGUUCACUACUGGGAUGGCACCAAGUUGCUCGGCUUCGAGGUCCGCAUCAGCUCCAAACUGGCACUGAAGAUGGCGGCUGGUUACGAGCUUACCCGCCGUGAACGCAGACAGUUACAACGCACCGUACAGGAUCUUGCCCGUUUGGUACCCUUCCUGCCCUUCGUUAUCGUUCCCUUUGCGGAACUGCUACUCCCCGUAGCCCUCAAGCUCUUCCCCAACAUGCUGCCCAGUACAUACGAGGGUCAGUCAGCCAAGGACACCAAAGCUCAGACCCUCCGAGCAACUCGCAAGGACGUCAGCAAGUUCCUUCGUACAACACUACAGGAAACUGGUCUACCCGUCUCCGCCGAGAACGCGCAGACAGCCGAGUUCACCGAGUUCUUCCGCAAAGUACGCACCACCGGCGAGAAGCCAACACCAGACGAAAUCAUCAAAGUAUGCAAGAUCUUCAAGGACGACCUCACCCUGGACAACUUGUCUCGGCCCCAGCUCGUUUCCAUCUGCCGUUACAUGAACAUCACCUCUUUCGGCACAGACAACUUCCUGCGCUACCAGGUCCGCGUACGCAUGCGUCAAAUCAAGCGUGACGACAGGGCCAUUGCUUACGAAGGUGUCGAGACCCUUUCCGUUCCCGAGCUCCAGACUGCCUGUGCAAGCCGUGGUCUACGAACCUACGGUGUCUCUCCUGGCCGAUUACGUGAUGACCUCACUAGCUGGCUCGACCUCCGUCUAAAGCACGGCGUUCCAUCAACCCUCUUAGUCCUCUCCAACGCUUUCGUCUACGCACAGGGUAAGGAAACAGAAAUGACUUCUCAAAUCGAUGCCUUGGAAGCCGUGCUUUCCAGUAUCCCCGAGGAAUUGUACCACGAAAUGGAUCUCGAGGUUCGCAACGCCGAAGGUGCCGCAACCAACAAACAGCGUCUGGAGGUGCUCAAGGAGCAGCAAGAACUCAUCAACGAGGAGAAUGAGCAGUCUGAGACUGUUGAGAACAAGGCUGCUGCGUCGCCUAAGGAUCAUGAGGAUAUUGAUGAGAAGCCUGCGAAGGAGGCGCAGGAGGCUAAGGAAGCCAAGGCUGAGGAGGAGGGCAAAGAAGCUGAGGCUAGUGCUGGUGACGCCGCUGGUGGAAGUGCCGAGCGCGCUGAACAAGAUGAGCGAGCUAUGAAGAUGGAUGAUCCUACAAGCAAGGGCGAGAAGCCUGCUGAGGCGGCUAAGAAGGAGUAA